UCCUGUUAACUGUAGCAUGAAUCGAUUGCUAUUUCUGUAAAAUGAUUGCCAACUCAUACUUACAAUGUUGAUUCUAGUGGUAAUCCUGCAUUUUACAGAAAAUAGCAAUCGACAUUGAACAAUCCUGCACUUUUUUUUUUUUUUGGUAAAAACGUCUUUUUGCACAUGAACAUACUUACAUACAUAACGAAAUGUAGAGGAAUUUUGGAAAAAAAAAAAAACGAAAUGUAGAGGAAUUGAUUUUGAGAAACAAAAACCUACAGUAAUAAAUAUGAAUUAUUGCAGAAGACUAUGUAGAUGACUGUUAGUAAUGCUCUCGAGUCUUGAUAAAAAAGAAAGAAAAUUAUUGUCUAUAUUGCGCGCUCCAUAUACUAAUUUGACCAAAUAAUGUUACCAUAAUGGUUUUAUUUUGAUAAUAAAUUGUUUUGUUGAUCCUGAUCAGAGGCUCAAGUCUUUCAUUAUAACAUUACCAGAGGCAUUGUCCCCUUGCAAGCGCGAAAAUGUGGACAGCAAUUUUGUUUCAUUUCAAUAUUUGUAAGUUAUUAUAGUUGUGAAUUUUGUGUUUUGGAUUGAUCAUUGUUUUUCAAGUUUUUAUUACAGGGUUAGAAUUGUGAUGAUGAACUGUGUACAUAUUGUUCUCCACUUAUAAAAGACUAAACUAUGUUAGUAAUGUGAUUGAUAUAGUUCUUGGUGUUGCUUGUUGUGUCACUGAGACUUAUUGUUUGUUUGUUUUUUUUUAAUUUGUUUUUUGUACUAUUGAGAGUACAUAAAUUAUAUUAAGGUUGUUGAGAUUACAUUUUGUUUCUGAAUAUUUUUCUCCAGUUUAGUUGUGUCAGUUGUGUGUAUUAAGUAAUAAUUUUUAUUAUCUUUAUUAUGUUUGUUAUAUGUUUUUAUUUUAUUUUUAAACUUGUUCUUUUACCGGACCUUUAAAACAAAUACAUGAAAACCUGUAGAAAUCUACAUUAUAAUGAGGCACUUGUCAUGUUGACAUUGGACAUGUAAGCUAUUUUCAUAAGACAAGAGGAGUUAGCAGGUGGAGAUGUUGUUGAUGCCUUUGUGUUUGUCGGGAUUGUCUCUUGUAUUUCCUGGUGUGGUUGGGUUUGUUUCUUUUUUUAUUUGAUGGGUAAUAUGUAAAAAAAAACAUUGUUAUUUAUAUUUAUCAGAGUUCAUAACUUACUCUGAUAUUAUAUUUAGGUUAUUUCACUGAUCUUGGUUGUCGUCUUCGUCUUCGUCUUCGUCUUCUUCGUAAGCAUCUGCAAAAGUAAGUUUGUAACUUGUUAAAUGGCUGGACGUUUAGUUUGUAUUUGUUUAGCUGAGUCGAUGUAUGUGUCGUUGAGUUUUAGUUGAGGUGAUUGGUUUGGUAUAUUUGUUUUGAAGUUUAUUUGUAAGAUUAGACAAAAAAGAGAAGUGAUCAUUAAUGAUUCGUCUUUUUUGGAAUUCUAGUUUUUGGUGUUUUGAUUGUUUGGGCUGUUGUAAUUUCUUUUAAGGUGUAAAAUAAAAUUUUAUGUAAAAUUAGUUUGAUAAGUAAGGGAGAUAACUAGACGACCAUAUAUUUUGGGUACAAAAUAUUUUUGAUUAUUGAUGUUAACACAAUAUAUAUAGUAAUAUAAAGGAAAUUGUGUAUUGAUUGUUUCUUACUGAUCAAUGAGGAGACGAAUAACGACUCGAGUUAUUUCUUUAAUGAGGUUAGAGCCCUAGACAGAAUGGAUUUUCUCAACCACAUCUGCGAGUUUAAAUAUCAGUUACGAUAUCAAAACAUAAUAUAAACCCAGAUGCAAUAUGAUAAUAUACCUGGGAGUUCUAGGUUUGUGUUCGCAAUCACUUGUAGAUUGUCGAACAGUCUAAUCAUGACUAUAGAUUGAUCUCAGGAGCACAUGUGAUGACUUCGUCAAUAAUGGUUGGUGAGAUGAAACGAAUGAGGAAUGAAUGAUCAGUUAUCUUGUACAUGUUUGAGCACCUAGCAACCUAAAAAUGAUCGACUUUCACAAUGGAAACGAUUUUCAAAGAUGACUUGUAAUGAUUAACACGUCCAGCGAGAAUAAACCCAUGAAUCACAGAAUCUGCAAAUACUAUUAUUCAACAAAGAAUCAGGAAAUCAAUUAAAAAUAAUUAUGUUAAAUAAGUGUGAUAGAUCGAAGAUUAAAUUACCUUUUUAUCAAGGAAGAAAAUCGUAAUUCUCAUAAAAUCACUGUCUUUCUUGAAGUUAAGGAAAUCUCAGAAGCGGAGGAGGCCAAAGGCUAUGCUCUAACUACUGCGACAAAGACGGAGAGACUCGAAGGUUGAGUGGCGGAUGCCGGAAACGCCGGUCUGAGGAACUGGAGAAGCGGAGAGAGACAUUUUCUAGACGAUGGUUAAAGCUAAGAGGAAUCAAUGAGUUUUGUUGAGAUGCGGAUUGAGUUCAUCAAAGAUGAGAAUCAUAUAUAUAUAAGAUUUACAGAGGGACUACAAAUAAGGAACAUUUAUGAUCAAGCAAUUUAAGAUAGGGAGAUGAAGAGUUCACCAGUGAAAAAAUAGAUUACGAACAGACACACGGCGCAACUUUGUAACUCAGACUUGUCUGAGACAAUGAUGAAAAUAACCAUAACUCAUGUUAAAAGACAAUAGUUUACAAUAUGGAAAAACUAUAAUUGUUGUAAACUUAAUUUUUUUUUCAUAUAACGUUAUGAAUCCCAUUUAAAAAUGAAACCCAUAGUACAUUUGUAGGCCCGACCCUCAGAGGAAGCCGAAGAAGCAAGGACUUCCGAUCUUCAUAAAUACAUAUUAAUUUCGGUCAUCAAUGUACAAAGUAUCCUUCAGUUUAGUGGUAUAAGUGUUGGUGUUUAUAUCUCAAUAACCCUGAUUCGAAUCAUGAACUUGAUAUUUUUUCACACUUUUUAAAAAUAGGACCCAGAAAACGCUAACGUGGCGCACUGAGAAGCGAGCAAAGUGUCUCAUUAUAAUGUAGAUUUAUCCACUACUUGAUCAUAUGUAACCACUUUUAAUAGUAUAAUAUUAAAAUUUCAGUUUUAGAUAAAGAUUUUGGAGUUGGUCUGGAUUUUAGCAUAUUGUUGUUUGUUAUAUUUAUAUAUAUAUAUAAACUAAUCCAAUUUUAAGUAUAUUGUUAAACAUUUGGCUUUAAAAAAUGGGUAUUCAUUCUGUAAAAUGUAUUCUUAAAAGUUGAAUGUAAAAAAAAUUCAUUGAUAUCAGUUACAAUAUAAGUAUAGUUUUUUAUUAUUUUUUUGCGGAACAUAUAUCAAUAUCAGUAUAUAUAGGUUUUGUAAAAUGUAAAUAUAUGUAAUGCCAUUUUGACGUACAAGUUUCCAAGAUAAAAACUAUCUAAAAAAAUUCUAUUUUAAAAUUUACAAAACUCUAAAUUUGAAAUUACAAAUUAUUUUUUCCAAAAUUAAAAUUUUAAACUUAAUUUCAAAAUUACUUGUAUUUUAUACUAUAGUUCUUAUAUUUGUCAUAAUUAAUAUAAAUCCAUAAUUGUUUUUAUAAAAAAUUGGCACAUAUAUAAAAAUAUUACAGUUAUAUUAAUUAAUAAAAUCUUACACUAAAAUUAUAAAUUAUAUAUAGGAUACAUAACUAAAUAUUAAACUACAAGCAAAAUAACAUAUUAUUUCAUAAAAUUAUUUCUGUAGUGCUCUGUUUUCAAGUUACACAAAAUUUAUUUAGAAAAUAUUUUAGAGAUUUUGGAGGUUCUAGAGCAAUUUUACCAGACUAUUAGUAUUGUUUUAAUAUUUGAAUUUGUCUAAUAAUUAUGUCUUCAUGUAUCUUUCAAAAAAGUUUUUUUAUUAAGUUUAUUUUGUAAUAAUUCUAGUUUUGUUGUCUAAUUCUAAUUUUAAAAUAUUAUAAAUCUUAUUUUAAAAUUUUUAUUUAGUUUUAUGUAUAGAAUUUGAAUUCUUAAAAAUAAGUUUAAAAUGGUUAUGAAAUAUAAAAGGUUUAAGGAUCGAAGCGAUAAGUGAAAAAAAUACUUAAGAAUCAUAAAUGUGAUGUGUAAUUAAUUAUAAAAACAUAAUUACAAAUAAAAAGAUGAAACUUCAAAUAUGAAGUUUUUUUAGAACAAAAAACUCUAUAUUUGAAAUUACAGAAUUUCUUUUGGAGAUGUUUUAAUAGAGGAUUUGUUGUUUUAAACACCACUUGUGCUAUGUCACAUAACUAAGUAGUAAGUAUUUAUGAAAGAUAUAAAUGGUGGUAUUUAGAAACAGUAAACAAAAUUAAAAUGGGACGGUGACAACGACUGUUAUCUGGAAUUUAAAGAAAACAGAAGAUUUCGAAUCAAAUGGCACAAAUUCAUUAGAACAUGAAAGUCAUGAACUGACGAUGAGAUUGGGGAGUGUAAUAUGUCUCUCUCUCUCUCUCUCUUUCUCGAGACAAAUCUCUGCUCCUAUAGAUUCGUAGGUGCCUAAAAGAGUCUAACUGAAGCCAUGCAUGUCUUUUGCUUUCGCAUUUUGUCAUUCCCCGUGCCAACUUCUCACAAAAUCUCACUAUCCAAGUUUUUUUUUUCUUCCCAAAUUGAUAUAUACUGAUUACAGAAACAUAAAUCUUAACAAGUUCAUAGAUGACAAACCAUCAGGAUCACCAAAAAAGAAUUAUCAGCCUCUAACAACUACCAAGAGCACUGAAGUGACUAUAUACCUCUAAACUCCAAAAGAACCACACAAAAUAUACUUGGCCAGAGAUGCAUAUUUCAUUAACAAAGAAUUUGUCCAGUCACCUAGGGUGAUCUGAAGCAACAUAAGAUUGUGUUAACCCAAAGUUAACCACACUCUGUGCAAUGAAAGAAGCACAUCUUACUAUCCAAGUAUAUAUAUACAUAUACUUCAUUUUACACAUUUUUAUUCCAAAAGUUCAUAGCGGAUCAAAAUGAAUUUUAACUUAUUGAUAGUUGUACGAUGACAUGUUAGCUAUGACUCUGUAAACUUUAAUCCUUACUUUAAAGUUGGGAUGUUAAAAUACUAUUCAUUACUUUCGAAGAUCUACUAUAGUUUCAAAAAUUCUUUUAUAUAUUAAAAUAUAAAAUAUGUUCAUAUAAUGAAGCAACUUUGACUUUAAAUUUUGUAUAACCAGUUAAUUGUAUAUAUAUGACAGUUUUUAUAUAAGGGUAACUAAUUAAUUUUUUUAACAUAUACAGUAUAUUAAGAAAUACUUAAAAGAUAUUUAUAAAAAUUUGUGUGUUUUAGUUAUAUUAUAUUUUAAAAAGAAGAAAUAUGUGCGAUGAUAAAAGUUAAUUCUUAAUUUCAAGAGACAAAAUCUGUACUACCGAUUAAAAAUGAUAAAAAUACUUGUAAUAAACAUUAUAUUAGCAUAUAUUUUAUCAUCAGUUCUUAUAACUUUUUAAAUAAUAUCUAAAAUUUAAGGCUUAUAUUUUUUUAUCAUUGUUAAUAUGAAAAAAGUAUAGAUAGAUUAUAAAGUUUAUCACUUAAUCGACUUUUAUUAGCUUUUAAAAAUAUUUUUUUCUAAUAUAAAAAUUUGAAAUUUAAUAAUUUAUGUAUUUUUAAGUAUUUCAAAAUCAAUAGUAUUAUAUAUUUAAUGUUACUAGAUUCUUUAACCGCGCUACGCGCGGUUUAUAUUUUGUAUUGUUUUUUCAUUUAUUUUUAAAAAUUCGUUAAUUUUAUGUAAUUUUAUUUAUUGGACUCAAUUUUUUUGUCCUACAACUUUACGUGUUACUUGUAAUUGUAAAAUUUAUAACUUUGCAUAUUUAUCUAUUCCUUUAAAAUAGUGGUAUGUUAUUUGGAUCAUUGUGAUAUGACAAUUUUUAUAUUAUUUGAACAUAUUAUUCCAUAUACUGCGUGGGCAUUUACAUGUGAAUGAUACGGUAUAAUUUUGUAAAACUUGUCAUUUUUGUAUGUAUAUUUUUGCAUUCUAGAUUGUAUUUAGAGUAUAUUUAGAAUAUAUUCUUGUAUGACACAUUUAAACCGAAUGUUUUUUACUAUGUUCUGCAUAUAUUUUGUAGUACAGAGUUUUCUAUUUUUAUUUUUUUUAUUUUUGAAAAAGGCUUAAGUUUUUAUUUUUAGUUUCUCAAAUGUAUCAUGGAUUAUGUGUUGUAAAAUAGGUUUCCAUCAUACGAAACCAAAAAAGAAUAACAUGAUUAACAUAAUAAAGAUAAGAAUGUAGUGUAUGGUUAUUUUAUUUCGUUUUGUAAACUAAAUAUUACAUCUAAAAUUUAGCAGGAUUUCAAAUUAUAAGAAAUGAUACCUUUGACUAAGAUUCAGCGAAAGAGUUAUAAAGAGAGAAACAACUGAAGUUGAAACGUCAUUGUCUCUCAUCUUGCAAAGAUCAAAGAAGGGAAUUAAGUUAUAAAAAAUGGAGGUUCUUAAAUAUAGGAUAACGGCAAUUUCAGAGACUUCAAUAAGAACAAUGAAGAUGAAGUGUUUUACUGGAUUCAAAAAAUAGUGACAUGGCAAAAAAAUCAUGUCAAUAAAUAGUGACAUGGCAAAAAAAUCAUAUUUUAUUGGAUGAUUUAAUUUGCUGAGGUGGAUAGGUUCAAUGGAGCUUAUAUUCCCCUUUUAAUAGUGUAAAUAUCAUUUUUUUUAUUCAGUUAUUUAUUUAAGUUUUUUAACCGGCUAGACAAUUAGAUUAAUAUUUAAAUAAGUUUACAGAAUCAUUACAUAAUUAUCGAAAACAUUGAUUUAUGUUGUAUUUAUGAACAUUGAAUUUAUAAUAAUACUGUUAUAACUUAUAACAUUAUGUUAUAUAAAUGUCUUCUAAGUAUAUAUUUGUCAAUAUCAUAAUGUUUUGACCCAGAUAUACAUGAACAAGUAUUAAUACAAACAGCUAAACACAUGCCUUGGUCUUAUCACUUGCAUAUAUCAAUAAUACUCCCUUUGAAAAGAAAAGGACGGGUCCAUAUUUGAACUCCCCAUGUCGUCUUGACUCUUGAUCACCUUCUAUACUAAGCAAAGUAAGAUCAACAUCACGACGCAAAACAACUAAGACCAUAAGACCACUAGAGUUUUCUAGCUUUUCUGACGGUUUACUAAAUGUGAUUAAGAUUUUGUUUCUUUGCUCGAACUUCCUGAAAACAAAAAUUGGUCGUUAAGAAAUCGAAGAGCCAAGCGACUGAACUUCAAAUUGUCGUGUUAUAUUUACCAAAAAAAAAAAGAAUUGUCGUGUUAUAAAUAUAAAUAAUACUUGAUUUAAAUUAUGAUAUAAAACAAGAUAUGUCAAUUUCCGAAGCAAACUAGAUGCAUAUAGCCUACUCAUGACCUACAAAGAACACAACCCAACCAGCUAUCUUUUGCCGCCCUAUUAUAUUUACGUUCGUAUUUAUUCUUACUGUUUCUUUCAUUUCCAAGACUCAAUAGGGCUAUCCCUAAUUAAAACACUUUCGAAAAAAAACAUCCGUAAUCCCCAGAAAGAGUAAAGAAAAAGGGCUAAUAAUAAAAUCACAUAAUCCAACAACUAUAUCCACCUUAUAUCAAAUUUCACGUGGGGAAAAGAGUUAUAGUUAUGUCAAUUUGACAAUGGCAAGUACUGAACUAUCUCUUUCUAUUAGCCGUACUCACAGUAAAAUACAGUAAUUGGCAAUAUUUUCAAUCUUUAAGCUAAUGAUUGAUUUUACAUAAAAAAACUGAGUAGAUCCGAAUUGUUUUUUUUUUCUGUUUGUCUUCUCGUUAAAAGUAAGCCUCUUUUUUAGCAUUCGAGCCGCUCAACGCCAUGUUUUCAGAGUCUCCAGCACACACACUCACUCUAUCUCUCUUCAUUUAAUUUGACUAUGUUCCACUCCCUCACAGCCUUACUAAAUUCCUAUAUAAAUAUGAGAGCCUCCCCCAUGACUUUCAUGCAGAAACUCCCCUUAAAACCCCUAAUUUUGUCUCAAAUAAAUAGUCAAAAUAUAAAUGGAAAACGAAGGGAGCGCAGGAACGGGAAGCAGUCCUCGUUGGAACCCAACGAAAGAACAGAUAACGUUGCUUGAGAAUCUUUACAAGCAGGGGAUACGAACACCGAGGGCCGAUCAGAUACAGCAGAUCACCGGUAGGCUUCGAGCACACGGCCAUAUCGAGGGUAAAAACGUCUUUUACUGGUUCCAAAACCAUAAGGCUAGACAACGCCAAAAGCAGAAACAGGAUCGCAUCGCUUCCUUUAAUCGUCUCCUCCACAAAACCUCCCGUUUCUUCCACCCUAUUCCUUGCUCAAACGUGGGCUGCGUUAAUCCGUACUAUUUACAUCAAGUAAGAGAUCAUCAUAAUCAACAUGGAAGUGUAUACAGACAAGAUCUUCACAGUAACAAAGUAAUGCUUCCAAGUGGUGGCUACGAGAAACGCACUACCACAGAUCAUAAGAAACAUGAUUCAGACAUAACAACAACAACAGCUAGAAUGUCAAUGUCUUCGAGUUCAUUCAGAUUUGACCGAUUUGCCCUUGGUAAUCACGGUUAUUUUAGCGAGGGCAUCAACGUCAAUACCAAUGGACUGAAGACGCUUCCGCUUUUUCCACUUCAGCCUCUGGAUGCUGCUAACUACUCUGGUGUUGGAAAUUCCAGUUUUUCGCUUCGUCAUGAUUCUCCGGUGACUUAUUGUGGCGAUGAUGGCGGACGAGGGCAGCCGUUUAUUGACUUCUUCUCUAGUGGUUCUAGUAGGUUCAAUAAUAGUGGAAACGGGUUGUAAGAUGCAAUGAAGGGUUUUAAUUUUUAAAUGAAAAUAAACGAUUUCUUUUAUCUUUUUGUUAACAAAAAGUACAUCUGAAAAUGAUGUAAAAUGACGGACAUCUGAAACGAGAUGAAAAAUUAAAUGAUUGAAUCUAAGUACUUCUAACUAAUCUAAUAACUUCUGUUAACUUUUAAAUUGAAAAUAAAGUACUUGACAAGGUUAGAUUUAGAACUUUUUAUAAUACUUGAUCUCCAAUCUAUUAGUCUGUGCUCAGUAUGCAUGGAGUAUCCAAAAUUUUUGUUGGCCAUUUGACAUAUAUUGUAGUCUUUUUUAAUUAAUUUGUUAUCUCUAAGAGACUGAUAUUGGACAAUAUUCUUAUUGCUAAUUGGCUCAGUCAAAAUAUCACAAGAUUUAGUAGUAGUUAAGACAUUUACUUUUUCGGUCAUACGUUUACAAGAUUUCAGUCAUACGUUUACAAGAAGUACGUUUACUCAUCAUGCGGGUCUCGGUCUCAUUUGUGUGAUAGGUUGUGUGUUAAUUUUCCGAAGUUUGGAAAUCUUGUUUACUUACCAUAAAAUCAUUCCAUGACAUUUUUCCAUACUUAUCACGAAUCAUUUUUCGAUAGGUUAUCCAUCUUUCCACUACUCUAACUCAAACACAAUUAAUUAUGAAAUUUUGUAUGAAUAUACAACCGAAAAAGUAAGUGUAUUUUAGUAAAAUAGGUAGCAAAAUCUAUUAUAUUGAGUCUUUUAACAUAUACCACAAACAAAGAUGUUAGAAUUCACUCAUCUCAAAUAACACAAUGUCCUUGUUGCGUCCCAAGAUCAUCAUCCAUAUUAUAGUGAGUCAACACAAGACUGCACACUUGUUUGAGUUUAGCUUGAUACCACUUAUAACGCUCUGACCGUUCGCAGGUAAUGGAUUUUCCUACAUGUUCACUCAGUUUGUGGAUUCCAUUCCAUGCAACAUGCGUUGUGUUAAUUUUUUGAAGGCUUGAAAGUCUUGUUUACUGAUCCUAAAAUCACCACAUAACUUUUUUUUUCAUGUUUUGGCCUUAUUCAAACGAUAUCAUGAAUCACUUCUUGAUAGGUCAUCUAUUAUUUCACUAUUCCAAUUCAAAUACGUUUAGUUCUAGAGUUUUUAUUGAAUGUGUGACCGAUAGGUAAACUACUUUAGAGUUGGUUAAUCAGAUCAAUUAUAUUGAUUUUUCAACAUAUAUCCCAAGCUGGGAUAUUACAUAAGUUUUGAGUAGAUCUGUAAAAAAAGUAAAAAAAAAAACAGAAA